AUGAGUACUCGCAGUUUAUUGGAACAACUGGACAGAACCACAGAGCUUUUGGCGCAAUCCUUGGCUCAGAUUGUCAAGUUUUCAUCGCUCUCAAAAGACAGCGACAAAAUUGAAGAAUCGGGUCAAGUCGCAGAGUCGGUCGCCACAAUGGCGACCGACGGUAUUGUAUUAGUGAAUACCCAUACGUCGCAGCUUAUCAAGGGCAUUCAGGACCUUUUGGUGAUGACACGUACGAUCCGGGAAAAAUGGCUUUUGAGUCAGGUCCCUGACAAAAAAUCUAGUCAGGACCGACAAAUCGACGUUGAAAAAUGCUCUAAGCUACUUGAAGAAUGGGUGUCCGUAGUGGUCACAGGCACCAGCCCGCAGUGA